CAAUAAUAAUGGCAAAUACCAAAGGCAACAAAAUGUUAACAAGAUCCGCAAAUAACAACAACGAAAGCAACAACACUGAGAAUGAUGAUACCAAAAGUGACAGCUCCAACUACUUUGACAAUUCAAUGGCAAAUAUGAUUCUCUCCUGA